GGCUAGUGUCAGUGUCAUUUUACUUGUACUAGUUUUUGUAAAAACGGAAGGUGCGCCAAUCUUGAUUAUUUUCAAUAAUGAGUUUAUGUUUAAAUGGAAAUAAGCUUGGUGUAGUGUUGUGAAUUGAAUUUAUCUGUAGUUAUUCUAAGGUUUUACGUCGAAGGUGUAUUUUAACCUUCUUGUGAUAACAAAUAACCGUUUCCUUAUAUUCAACGUAAAUCAAAAGCGGCAAGCAUUAGUAAUGAUCAUCGCUAAUUUUAAUUGAUGAACAAGAAGCAAUCCCCAAUUGAUACGGUACGAUAUUGAAGGUAAUAAAUCAUUAACCAUCUUUACCUUGAGUUGGUGCAGUGAAAAAAUCGUUACUUCGUUCGUAAACCCCGUUAUUUGUAUAAUUUUUGACUUAUAUCUAAUGUUAUAUUCAAUAAAUCUGAAGGAAUAGAUUGUUCGAUAUAAAAACUAAAUUGACUGAAAUAGUAACUUUGUCGUUUCUAAUCAAAUACCAAGACUUACACUAGAUUCAGUAUAAAUGAGAGCCUGUGGAGGUGACUGUCCUUACCCGAAGCAGAAAAGUUUUUGAUGAACACCGUAGUGAUAUUAUUCAGAGAAUGUCUUUUGAAUUUUAGUGUACAUCACAAUUCAAGAAUGGCCAGUGGUGAUAAAAAGAGUCCUCAGUUGAAUAAAUUGAAAUUGAAAGUGAGCAAUAAUACUCAUGUGACACAAAGUGACUCGGAUGCUAGUGUGGAUACUGCUAGUUUAAGUGCUGAAAGUGUUCCCGAACAAAAUCAUACCAUACAAACUGGAAAAAAAAGGAAAAAACCCAGGAGAGGUUCCGAAUGGGAAAUAAUGGAGGGAUUGAAAGAUGGUCAGCGUUAUGAGAACAAACCACAUCUUUAUAAAGGAUUUUUACACAAAAAAAGGAAAUGGCCUCUGAAGGGUUGGCAUAAGAGAUAUUUCAUGCUAGAAAAAGGCAUACUGGUUUAUGGAAAAGGACCCAAUGAAAUCAGUAAGGGAAAAAUCCAUGGAUCGGUGGAUAUAGGCCUCUCGGUGAUAUCUACAAAAUUGAAGAGGAGGAGGAUCGACAUAGAUGCCGAAGAAUUCAUUUAUCAUUUGAAAGCGAAAACUGAGGAAACCUUCAACGCCUGGGUACAGCAACUCACCGCACAUAGACUGUAUAGGCAGCAUAUUUUAACCUACGGAAAUAAUAUCGGCUCUCUUUUCAAGGCACCAGAUGGAUUGACAAGUAUACCAAGGACGCCGGAAAUUGUCAGCAGGGAUGGUAGUCUGAACCGUGGAUUGAAAGGUCCGAGCGGCUCUGGAAGGCUCAGUUUUUGGUUGCAAGAAUCCUUGACGUCAAUAGAACAGUUUCAGCGUGACGCAAUCAGUAUCGAGCUCAAUAUCACGAAGCUCUCGAGGCUUCUAAAACAGUUGGAGUCUGCUUCAGUGAUUCAUGAUAACGCUUCAGAGAUUCUGUCUCCAAAUAUAAAGAAAGACCGAAGAAAGUUCGGUUUAAAAAAGAAGAAAUCUGCCUCUAAAGGUGGUAGUGUAGAUCUAACUAUACAAUUCAGUAAUAAAAAUAUUGAUAGUGAUAAUACUUCCCCUCUUUCUGCUAAUUCCUUGAGUGGUAUUUCAAGUGGGCCCCAGCAAAUACCUCUCACCGGAACCAGUUUGCCAGUUCCUAUAACUAUACCUACUCCAGAUAGUUUAAGCAAUACCGAUGUGAUUUCUCUCUCCUCGGAGAUUCAGUUGCGAGAUGACUUCGUUACUUUAGCAAAAACAGUGUUAAAUAGUCUGAAAACCUUCUCUUUCGGCCUAAGUACUGAACGUGAACGGCUCAAAAACGCGUUGGAUUCUGAAAGUCAAUCCAACGUCAAUCAGAGUAUAGUCAACCUGAAGAACAGUCUCAAUCAAGCCAUUCAACAGAACACGGACUUGAGGAAUCGCUUGCAGAAGAUACAUGAUGCAGCUGAUAUUGCGGAGCUUUCUCUUUUAGAUCAUGUCUCCGAAGGGAAUCGCCCACAUAAAAACUCGCUAAGCUACAGCUCUUCCUGUGUGAGUGCAACCGAAUUUUUUGAUGCCGAGGACUUGCCGAAUGAGAAGCCCAAGUCAGAUGGUGGCGCUGACGUUGAUGGCGACCUGGAGGUCCAGGAAGAGGAGUCUGAGGUGCGUACAAGAUCAGAAAGUAGUUCGGAAGCUGGAUCCCUGUCUAGCGGAGAGGGCAGUAUAAGCUCGGAGUCCGAUAUCGGUCAGGAACUGAUGCCUGCCAAUAAUUUGCUAGAAAUAACAGGAAACCAAGGUCUAACUGGAAGGAGGACGAUGCUCCCGGUGCCAAGGCCGCCGACCGAGGGCCUCUCCCUGUGGAACCUGCUGAGUCGCAACAUCGGCAAAGACCUAUCCCAGAUCAGCAUGCCGGUCGCGUUGAACGAACCCCUGAACGUGUUACAAAGGCUGUGCGAGGAACUGGAGUAUUCCGAAUUGCUGGACAAGGCCGCCUCGCUCGACGACCCCUACGAGCGCAUGGUCGAGAUCGCGGCGUUCGCGGUCUCGGCGUACGCGAGCACGCUGAGCCGGGCCGGCAACAAACCGUUCAACCCGCUGCUGGGCGAGACGUACGAGUGCAUCAGGGAGGAUAGGGGCUUUCGAUUCUUGGCGGAGCAGGUGUCGCACCAUCCGCCCGUCAGUUCGUGCCACGCGGAAAGCCCGAACUUCACGUUCUGGCAGGACGCGAGGGUCAAGACGAAGUUCUGGGGCAAGAGCAUGGAGUUUCAGCCGCUGGGCAACAUAAACGUGCUGCUGCCGAAGACCGGGGAUCUCUACACCUGGAACAAGGUGACCACGUGCGUGCACAAUCUGUUCAGCGGUCAGCGUUGGGUCGAUCAGUACGGCGAAUUGAACAUUACGAACGGGAGGAUCACGUGCAAGUUGACGUUCAACAAGGCCAGCUAUUGGUCGAGUAAAAGACAUGAGGUUGUCGGGGCGGUAUACGAUGAGGCUGGCAAGCCGGUAAGGCGACUGUUCGGCAAGUGGUCGGAAUCGCUGUAUUGCGGCGUGGCCCCGUCGGCGCGGUGCAUCUGGAGGGCGGGCACGCUCCCGCCCAACCACGAGAGGUUCUACGGUUUCACGCGGUUCGCCAUAGAGCUCAACGAGCUGGGCCCCGACUCGAACUCCCUGCCGCCGACGGACACUCGUUUCCGGCCCGACCAGAGGGCGCUCGAAGAGGGCGACCUCACCCUGGCCGAGAACCUCAAGCUUCAACUGGAGACCGCUCAAAGAGAGAGGAGGAAGAGACGGGAGGAGUUGAACAUAAAAUAUGAACCGAGGUGGUUCUCCAUGUCGAGGGACGAGACGUGGCAGUACAACGGGAAAUACUGGGAGUGCAGGAAAACCCCGGGUUUCGGUAAUAUGCAAUUCGAAUCUCUCUGGUAAUUCGUGAUUAUACAAAUACUUCCUGCUACAUAUAGGCGAUUCUGAUGCACCAACGCUUCUCGGCCAAAGUAUCGAGUUACAGAUUGUUUUUACCCGUUUUUAUCUAAUCCUGUUUAGAUAUAUAUGAAAUAGUGAAUUAGGCUGAAUUCUAGUAAUUGUGGUUUUAAUGAAAAAAUUGUAAAUAUAUUCGAAAAAACCUUCGAGAUCGAUAA